CGUUCGGCGCGCGGUUGUGCAUACUCGAUAAGCUCUCUUGUCUGUAUAGUACAAGUAUUUUUGAGCAUUUUGGGCAAAAUAUCAAAAGUGAAACUAAUUUAAAUUUCACUCAAGUGGGACGACUGGUCAUAGCAACGUUAUGAAGUGCCUGAUAGUAUUUGGACUGAUUGUCGCGUUUGUUGGCGCCUUUAUUGGUUUCGGUUAUCUGAAAUUUACGGAACUGACACGUCCACUGCCUAAGCCCCAGCUGGAUGCAAACAGAUAUUGGGGACCAGGCGAUGGCAAAAACUAUGUGCCGGACAAGAAGAUCUACGAUUUUAAUCUGCAGGUGCCUCAGGCGGAAAUCGAUGAUUUGCGGCAGCAGUUGAAUCGCACACUGCGCCUGACAGCCCCACUGGAUGGCGUUAAUUUUGAAUAUGGUUUCAAUUCACAUGCUUUGGAACAGUUUGUGGAAUACUGGCGAGAUAAUUAUUUGACCAAAUGGAGCACGCGUGAAGCGUAUUUCAACUCUUUACGUCAGUAUACCACCGAGAUCCAGGGCCUGCGCAUUCAUUUCAUACACGAACGUGCAUCGGAAGAGGCGGCCGCCACGAAAAAGGUUUAUCCAGUGCUACUUCUACAUGGCUGGCCGGGAUCCGUGCGCGAAUUCUACGAAUUUAUUCCCAUACUGACAAUGAAGUCUAACAUAACGGAUUAUGCCUUCGAGGUGGUGGCCCCCUCCCUUGUCGGCUACGGCUGGUCCGAUGCAGCUACUCGGACCGGAUUUAACGCUGCAGAAAUGGCCACCGUUAUGCGCAAUUUAAUGUUGCGUCUGGGCCACAAGGAGUUCCUCGUUCAGGGCGGAGACUGGGGCAGCAUUAUUGGUAGCAACAUUGCCACACUCUAUCCAGAGAAUGUCCUUGGCUAUCACUCUAAUAUGUGCUUGCUUAACUCACCGCUGGCUAUCUUAAAGGGCAUCUAUGCCAACUAUUUUCCGGAAAAGUAUUUGCCAUCACGUUUCUUUAUUGAACACCACUUUCCCAUUUGGGAGAAGUACAUGUAUCUGCUGCAGGAGAGCGGUUACUUCCACCUACAAGCCACCAAGCCAGAUACUAUUGGUGCGGCACUCAACUCCAAUCCUGUAGCUCUAGCCGCUUAUAUUUUGGAGAAGUUCCAAACAUCGACGGGCCCUGGCUUAAAUAAGGACUUUGGCGCUAUUAUUACCGUAUACACUCUAGAAGCAGUAUUGGAUAACCUUAUGGUCUAUUAUCUGACGAACUCGGCCACAACAGCGGGUCGUUUCUAUGCCGAGAACGUGGCUAAACCUUAUCGCGAUCUUCAACUAGAUCGGGUUCAAACCCCGGUACCUAUGGGCUGUGCGCGUUUCCGUAACGAUCUCCCAUCAGUCACUGACUGGCAACUACGCGACAAGUUCCCCAAUCUGAAGCAUAGUAGAUAUUUCCAACAGGGCGGUCAUUUUGCGGCUCUUGAAAUGCCGCCUAUGUUAUUUAAUGACUUUAUUGAGUUUGUUGAAAAUAUUGGCCUUGACAAACUAUAAAUAAAUUCUAUUUUAUGUGAACAAUAUA